AUGGCACGCGUCCUCAUAAAUGUAGAGGAAGGGAAAUUCAGCGAGAAAAACCAAGGUCCAUAUAAGAUAAUUGAAAUUCUAAAAACCAAUAACGUAAUAUUGGAAACUGAUGAGGGUGAGAGGUUCGUCGGACACGCUGACAAUUUAAAAGUUUUCGGGAUCGUCAAAGAUGAUAAGAUUGACAAAAAUGACGAACACGAUGAGAAUCAGGCCAUUACCAGAAAUCGUGAGUUUGAUGAAGAUUGUCAAACUGAACAAAAUAAUGAUAACGAUGGAAAUCGCAAAAUCAACGGAAAUUUAGGAAUAGCCGGAACUCACGUGAACUACAAAAAUUGUCGAAUUGACAGGAAUGAUGCAAGCAACGAAAAUCACAAAAACAAUGAGAACUGCGACUUUGACAGAGAAGAUGUUCCAAUUGACAAUAAUGACGAACACGAUGAAAAUCAGGCAAUUACCAAAAAUUGUGAGAUUGAUGGAAAUCGUCAAACUCAGCAAAGUAACGAUAUCGAUGAAGAUCGCAAAACUGACAAGAAUUAUGAUGAAAUUGACACGAAUGACAAACACGAUAAAAAUCAGGCAAUUACCAGAAAUCGAAUGAUGCAAAUGACGAAAAUUACAGAAACAAUGAGAGCUGCGAAUUUGACAGAGGAAGUGGAAUCGGUAGGAAUCGUGAAACUGACGAAGAACGAUACUAAUAGAGAUCGCAAAAUCAACGGAAAUUCAGGAAUAGCCGGAAGUCACGAAAACUACACAAAUCGUCAAAUUAAAAGGAAUGAUGCGAACGACGAAAAUUACAGAAACAAUGUGAACUGCGACUCCGACAGGGGAAGUGGAAUAAGUCGAAAUCGUGAAACUGAUGGUAAUGAUGAUGAAAUUGACACGAAUGACAAACACGAUAAAAAUCAGGCAAUUACCAGAAAUCGAAUUAUGCAAAUGACGAAAAUUACAGAAACAAUGAGAGCUGCGAAUUUGACAGAGGAAGUGAAAUUGGUAGGAAUCGUCAAACUGACGAAGAACGAUACUAAUGAAGAUCGCAAAAUCAACGGAAAUUCAGGAAUAGCCGGAAGUCACGGAAACUACACAAAUCGUCAAAUUGAAAGGAAUGAUGCGAACGACGAAAAUUACAGAAACAAUGUGAACUGCGACUCCGACAGGGGAAGUGGAAUAAGUCGGAAUCGUGAAACUGAUGGUAAUGGAAUGAUGCAAACGACGAAAACUACAAAAACGAUGAGAUCCGCGAAUUUGAUGAAUGACGAACACGAGGAAAAUCAGGCGAUGACCAGAAAUCAUGAAAUUGAUGUGAAUCGUGAAACGAAGCAAAGUAACGAUAACGAUGGAGAUCGAAAAAUUCACGGAAAUCGUGGAAUAGCCGGAAAUUACGAAAACUACAAGAAUUGCUAA